AUGAGCGGAGGCAGGUUUGAUUUCGAUGAUGGAGGCGCCUAUUGUGGGGGCUGGGAAGGGGGCAAAGCCCACGGGCACGGCAUCUGCACUGGCCCCAAGGGCCAGGGUGAAUACUCGGGCUCCUGGAACUAUGGCUUCGAAGUGGUGGGCAUCUACACCUGGCCCAGUGGCAACACCUACGAGGGCUACUGGUCCCAAGGCAAGAGGCACGGCCUCGGAAUCGAGACCAAAGGACGGUGGGUUUACAGAGGAGAGUGGACCCAUGGCUUCAAGGGGCGCUACGGCGCCAGGCAGAGCAUGAGCAGCGGAGCCAAGUACGAAGGAACCUGGAACAAUGGCCUGCAGGAUGGCUACGGCACGGAGACCUACGCCGAUGGAGGCACCUACCAGGGGCAGUUCACCAACGGCAUGCGGCACGGCUAUGGCGUGCGGCAGAGUGUGCCCUACGGCAUGGCCUCGGUGGUGCGCUCCCCGCUGCGCACGUCGCUGUCCUCCCUGCGCAGCGAGCACAGCAACGGCACCCUGCCGCAGGACUCCCCCGCCGCCAACCCCGACAGCCUGCCCCUCUCGCCCACCAUCACCCGCGGCGGCUUCGCCCUCAGCCUCUACGCAGAUGCGGAGGCCGGUAAGCCCAAGAAGGGCGGGGGGCUCUUCCGCAGGGGCUCCCUGCUGGGCAAGCUGAAGAAGUCGGAGUCCAAGUCGUCCCUGGCCAGCCAGAAGAGCCGCGUCAGCUUCCUCAAGAGUGAGAGCGGCAUCAGCUCGGCCGCCAGCGAUGCCACCUCCACUGUCAGCCUGGGCGAGGGUGCCGAGGGCGAGGAGUACCCACCGUUUGAGUCGGACAUCGAUGCCACCACCACGGAGACCUACAUGGGCGAAUGGAAGAACGACAAGCGCGCCGGCUUCGGUGUCAGCGAGCGCUCCAGCGGGCUCAAGUACGAGGGCGAGUGGCUGGACAACCUGCGGCACGGCUACGGCUGCACCACGCUGCCCGACGGCAAGAAGGAGGAGGGCAAGUACCGGCACAACGUGCUGGUGAAGGGCAUGAAGAAGCGCGUGAUACCCCUCAAGAGCGCCAAGAUCCGGCAGAAGGUGGACAGGAGCGUGGAGGGGGCUCAGAGGGCUGCGGCCAUCGCUCGGCAGAAGUCAGAGAUUGCAGCAUCCAGAACAGCUCAUGCCAAAGCCAAAGCUGAAGGGUCUGAGCAGGCAGCUCAAGCAGCCAACAAUGAAUCAGGCAUAGCCAGAAUGAUGGCCAGGGAGCUCUCUCCAGACUUCUACCAGCCAGGCCCCGAGUACCAGAAGCGCAAGCUGCUGCAGGAGAUCAUCGAGAACCAGGAGCACGCCGUCAACAUGGAAGAGGAGUCUCCGCGGCCGGCGGGCGCCCCGCCGCCCCCCACGCCCCCUGAGAGCCCCCAGCUCCACGAGCAGGACGAAGCCCGGCGCGACGGCAGCCCGGCCCCCAGCCCCGCCGCCACCCCGCCCGAGGCCAAGCGGGCGAAGGCGGCCCCUCGCCAGGACGGUGCCCUCCGUCCGGGCAGCUGGGCAGAGGCGGGCGGCAGGGCGGGCGGCGGCAGCCCCGCGCCCCCCGAGGGCGAGAGCCGGCCAGCUUCGAGGGGCUGGACUCGCCCCGCCGAGCAGAUGGAGAUCGGCCCGCUGCAGCGUAUGGCGCAGGACCCCGACGUGGAUGUCGUCAAGGGCUACCACAGCUACGCCGUUCGGACCUCCCCGGUCUCCCCCGCCGAGGACUAUGAGGAGGAGCCGCUCCCCGAGCCCGAGUCGCCCUCCCCGGAGCACCGCGGGGGCACCUCCACCCCGCCGCAGAAUCGGGAGGAGAAGCCGACGGCCAGGGCAGAGGCCAGGGCGGAGGCCAAGCCGGAGCCGCCCCGGCCAAAGGAGCUGAAGCAGCGCCCCAGCCCCGAGCGCAGGGCAGCCGGCCGGGCCGAGCCCGCUAUCAACAAGAAGACUGAGGUCAGGGCGCUGGUGCGCACGGAGCACAAGGCGGGGGCCAAGCGGAGCCCGGCCACGGCGGUGGUAGCGCGGGAGGCUGAGGACGGCGAAGAGGGACCUAACACAAUUGUGAUCUGCAUGGUCAUCCUACUGAACAUUGGUCUGGCCAUCCUGUUUGUCCAUUUUCUGACAUGA